AUGGCGCACGAUUCUCCGGGGUCUGCUGCGGCUCGCAGGAGCAGCAGCAGCAGCCCGAGGCUGCUGCUCCUGCUGGAAGGAGAUGCCUUGCUGUUUGACUUUGCGAGCCUGGCGAACUGUUUGCUGCAGGGCCUGCUGCAGCAGCAGCUGCCUGCUGCUGCAGCGCAGGGCAUGCUUCUCCCGGGUGUGUCUCUUGAGAAGGCAGCAGCAACCUGCGCGUUAAGUGUGCUGCAGCAGCAGCAGCAACAGCAGCAGCAGCAGGAGGGAGUCUCGGCAGCAGUAGCACGGCGAGAAAGGGUUGCAAAGUUGCUGCAGUCUCUCCAGGGGCAGCUAGCUACCGUAGAGGGCCCCGAAGCAGCAGCAGAUGCAGCAGCAAAUGCAGCAAUAGAUGCAGCAGCAGAUGCUGCAGCAACAGCAGGUGCGCUGACAGCAAGCACUUGCUGCUGCUGGUCCAGAGGGCCACUCAAGACUGCAGCAGAAGCUCCGCAGGCCAGCAGCACCAGCACCUGCAGCAGCGUGCAAGACAGCAGCAGCAGCAACAGCAGCAACAGCAGCAGUAGCAGUGCAGCUGACUAUGACGCUGCUGCGCAGCACCCAACAGCAGACACAGCCGCAGCAGCAGACGCAGCCGCAGCAGCAGACACAGCCGCAGCAGCAGACACAGCCGCAGCAGCAGACACAGCCGCAGCAGCAGUCACAGCUGCAGUAGCAGACACAGCUGCAGCAGCAGAAGCGACACUAGAAGGGUUCAGGCUGCUGCUGCAGCGGCUGCUUCCUUGCACAAGGCCUCAUGUGGGGGCCCUGAGGCAGCUGCGCCGUUGCUGCUCUGGGGGCGAAAUAGCAGUGGUUUGCUGCAGCAGCAACGGGAAGCUGCUGCAGCAGCUGCUGCCGCUGCAGCUGCACUUGGGACGGAACGCGCAUGCUGCUGCAGCAGCAGCAGCUUCGCAGGAAGCCCCAGAAACAGCAGCAGCAGCAGCACCCGCUGCUGCUGCUACGCCCCUGCUGCGUUUUUGCCAUUUGAUGCAUCUCAGCAGCAGCAGCCCGGGAGACUUUGCUGCUGCUGUGCAGCGGGUUGCUGCUGCUGUUUCCGCUGCACCUACUGCCGCAGCAGCUGCGGGGAAUAUCUGCUGCUCUGGCGGCACGUGCUGCUGUUGCUGCUGCUGCAGCUGCUGCAACUCGCCACAGCAGCAGCAGCAGCAGCAGCAAAAGCAGCAGAUCCCAGUCGUCGUGGCUGCUUCUACGGUGCCGUUCGCGAAUCUAGCUGCUGCUGCAGGCUUCAGUGUAUUUGCGCCGCAGCUGCCAGCAGCAGCGGCAGAGCAGCAGUUGGUGACCCUUGAGCAGCAGCCAGGGCAGCAGCAGCAGCAGCAGCAGCAAGUAAAACUGCUGAAGUGCCUCGAGUCCAUGGACAUCAUCUCGUUGCAGAAAGCCUAUGGAGUGCAGGCCUUGCAGCAGCAGCAGCAGCAGCAGCAGCAGCAGGUUGACGACGACGAGUCUACGCCUCUUUAUGGAGAGCGCGUUGUGCCUCUUCGUGCAUUAAAACAUGUGUCAAAGGGUAGCAGCAGCCCAGCAGCAGCAGCAGCAGGAGCAGCAGGAGCAGGACCAGCAGCAACAGCAGCAGGAGUGGCAGUGGAGACCCGGCGAAGCCUCCUGAGAUGCGGCUGGGGCAGCUGCUUCCUGCUGCAGCAGCCGCAGCUGCUGCAGGGCCUGGUAGUUCGCGGCUUCGGCCGAGGCAGCUCUUUACUGGGAAUCCCCACGGCUAAUCUCUUGCUGCAGCAGCAACAGCAGCAGCAGCAGCAGCAGCAGCAUCUGCUGCAGGAUUUCGACGCUGCCGUACAUCUCGCGCUGGUUCCUGGGGUUUACUUCGGGUGGGCGGCGCUGCUGCCGGAGGCUGGGAAGCAGCUGCCACAAGGUCCUUACAAGACAGUUCUUUCUUUUGGAUUUAAUCCUUAUUUCGCCAACAGCAAAGCUACUGUGGAGCCGCACCUGCUGGCUGAAGAUGUGGGGGAUAUUAGAGGAAGAGAAAUGAAGAUUUCUUUGUGGGGUUUUGUGCGGGCAGAAGCUCCAUUUGCUUCUUUUUCGCACCUCGUCGCUGCUAUUCAAAGAGAUUGUGAUUUGGCCCUCGCGGCUCUGGCCUUCCCUGAGGCAGCGGCAGCAAGGAAAUUGCUGCUGUAA